AUGGCAAGCCUCUCAGAUCAAAGCGGUUCGAUCGGAAGCGAACAGACGAGGCCUUCGGGCGCUAUACCUGUCGAAUCGUUGCCACCCCAAGCGCUGGAGCAGCUCAUCGCCUCUCUGCAACAGGAGGUCGAGCAACUCGCCGACGCGUUGCAACAACUCAACUUUGCAAACCAGCGUUGGACACUAUGUAAGCAGUCGAUUGAAGCUUUUGCAGAAGAGACCACGCGGGUAGACUUGCCUGGCGCUCAAAGCCGUGCUACGGACGCCAUUUCGUCAACCGCGAGCGCUAAACCAGAAACCUCUGUGGAAGUGAACCAAAAUCAGCGUUUACUCGUUCCACUGAGCCGGUCUUUGUACGUACUUGGACGAGUCAUCAAUCCUGAACGCUGUCUCAUCGACAUUGGCACCGGGUACCACGUUGAACGGAAACUCGCGGACGCAGCCGAAUUUUUCGACAGACGUCUGAAGCACGUCCGGGGAAGCAUGCGACAGCUAACACUGAAGAUUGAUCAAAACCAGCAACAAAUGCAGACCAUUCGCGAGAUUCUGGUUCGAAAACUGGCUGGUGCACAGCAAGCCGCAGAGCAUACUUGA